AUGGCUUCAAGAAACACCGCUGUAUUCCUCGUCAGACUGCUGCUCUCGUGCGUCGCCAUGAGCGGCGCGGCAAGAAUUCUGGAGGAGGAGACAACUCCUUCCAAAGGCGAGGAGCACCUGCCCGAGCUGCCAACGCUGCCCAAGGUCGGGCUGCCGCCAUUCCCGGAGGUGCACCCGCCACCUAAGCCCGAGUUGCUUAAGGUAGAGCUGCUGACGUUCCCUGAGGUGCACCUGCCACCCAAGCCCGAGCUGCCAACAUUCCCGGAGGUGCACCUUCCAGCCAAGCCGGAGCUGCUGCCACCGAAGCCAGAGAUGCCCACCAUCCCGGAGUUCCACUUCACGGAACCGGAGGCUAAGCCAUGA